AUGAGUGUUCCCAAGCUCACCGAAUUUGGCAUUCGCCAUGUAGCCAAGGGCAUUGGGCGGCUCUCUACAGAGGUCAUUGAGAGCGGCUCAGGGAGCUACGUGACCAUGGCAUCCGGGAGGAAGAUGCUUGACUUCACCUGUGGCAUUGGCGUGGCCAACCUAGGGCACUGCCAUCCCGCCGUCACCAAGGCGGCUCAAGCUCAGGCGGCCAAAAUCGUGCAUGCACAAGUCAACAUCGCGUUUCAAAAGCCCUAUCUCGAGCUCAUCGAGUCGCUUUUGCCGCUGAUGCCGCACAAAUCCCUCGACACGUUCUUCUUCUGGAACUCUGGCUCAGAAGCGGUGGAAGCGGCGGUCAAGUUGGCCCGCCAUGCGACCAAAAAGCAGAACAUCAUCGUCAUGCAAGGGUCUUACCACGGACGGACCUUUGGAACGAUGGCGAUGACGCGCUCAAAGACCAUCUAUGCCGAGAACUAUGCACCCUUGAUGCCGGGCGUGUUCUCUGUGCCGUUCCCUUACUGCGCGCAGUGUUCGAUCGCUUCACAUACCGGGGGUAAAUACGGCUUUGACAACUGCUGCAUGGAUCCCAUAACUCAACUGGAGCUCCUUCUCAAGAGGGAAUCGGCGCCCUCGGAUACCGCAGCCAUAUUCAUCGAGCCUGUUCUCGGAGAGGGCGGAUACGUGCCCCCACCACCAGGCUAUCUCGCCCGCGUCCGGGAAAUCUGCGACAAGAACAACAUCCUCCUGGUGGCCGACGAAGUGCAAUGUGGAUUUGGCCGAACUGGCAAGAUGUUCGCCAUCGAGCACUGGGGCGUCCGCCCGGACAUCCUGGUCAUGGCCAAGGGGAUUGCCAACGGAUUCCCGCUGUCCGGAAUCGUGUCGCGGAAGGAACUGAUGGACACGCAGAAACCGGGUUCGAUGGGCGGCACAUAUGCCGGCAACGCGGUCUCCUGCGCCGCGGGAGUUGCCGUGGCCAAGGCCUUCCAGGAAGAAAAGAUCUUGGAAAAUGUGAAUGCCCGCGGCAAAGAAAUGGCCGCGAUGCUACAAAAGGCCAAAGCCGAUUUCGGGCACAUGAUUCACGACGUGAGAGGUCUCGGGUUGAUGCAAGCGGUGGAAUUUGUGACCGGUAGAGGAAUCGCCUCCAAAGUACAGGCCAAGUGCAUGGAGAAGGGCAUGUUGAUCCUCACCACCUCAAUUUACGAUACCUUGCGGUUCAUCCCGCCUUUGAACAUCACAAAGGACGACAUGGCGAAAGGGUUGGGUAUUCUCCGCGAGGCGAUUGAAGAGGUGGCCGCUGGCGAGAAGCCUCAGGAAACUGGGACAAAGGGCCAGGCCCCGGAGUAG